AUGGCGGAAGGCGGAGCGGCGGAUCUGGACACCCAGCGGUCUGACAUCGCGACGCUGCUCAAAACCUCGCUCCGGAAAGGGGACACCUGGUACCUAGUUGAUAGUCGCUGGUUCAAACAGUGGAAAAAAUAUGUUGGCUUUGACAGUUGGGACAAAUACCAAAUGGGAGAUCAAAAUGUAUAUCCUGGACCCAUUGAUAACUCUGGAUUACUCAAAGGUUUCUGCUUGGAAUCAAGUAAUUCAGAGGUGGUUGAACAGGGUAUGUUUGUAAAGCACUGCAAAGUAGAAGUAUAUCUUACAGAAUUGAAGCUCUGUGAAAAUGGAAAUAUGAACAAUGUUGUAACUCGAAGAUUUAGCAAAGCUGAUACAAUAGAUACAAUUGAAAAGGAAAUAAGAAAAAUCUUCAAUAUUCCAGAUGAAAAGGAGACCAGAUUGUGGAACAAAUAUAUGAGUAAUACAUUUGAACCACUGAAUAAGCCAGACAGCACCAUUCAGGAUGCUGGUUUAUACCAAGGACAGGUGUUAGUGAUAGAACAGAAAAAUGAAGAUGGAACAUGGCCAAGGGGUCCUUCUACUCCUAAGUCCCCAGGUGCAUCCAAUUUUUCAACUUUACCAAAGAUCUCUCCUUCAUCUCUAUCAAAUAAUUAUAACAACAUCAACAACAGAAAUGUGAAAAACUCAAAUUACUGUCUCCCAUCAUAUACUGCUUAUAAGAACUAUGAUUAUUCAGAACCUGGAAGAAACAAUGAACAACCUGGCCUCUGUGGCCUAAGUAACUUGGGAAAUACGUGUUUCAUGAACUCAGCUAUUCAGUGUUUGAGCAACACACCUCCACUUACAGAGUAUUUCCUCAAUGAUAAAUACCAAGAAGAACUGAAUUUUGACAAUCCCUUAGGAAUGAGAGGUGAAAUAGCUAAAUCAUAUGCUGAACUGAUCAAGCAAAUGUGGUCUGGAAAAUUUAGCUAUGUCACACCAAGAGCCUUUAAGACACAGGUAGGACGCUUUGCACCUCAAUUCUCUGGAUAUCAGCAGCAGGACUGUCAAGAACUAUUAGCUUUCCUUUUAGAUGGACUACAUGAGGAUUUGAAUAGAAUUAGAAAAAAACCAUACAUACAAUUGAAAGAUGCUGAUGGAAGGCCAGAUAAGGUGGUUGCUGAAGAAGCUUGGGAAAAUCAUUUAAAAAGAAAUGACUCUAUUAUAGUAGAUAUAUUUCACGGCCUUUUCAAAUCAACUUUAGUUUGUCCUGAGUGUGCUAAGAUUUCAGUAACAUUUGAUCCUUUUUGUUAUCUGACACUUCCAUUGCCCAUGAAAAAAGAACGUACCCUGGAAGUUUACUUAGUUAGAAUGGAUCCACUUACCAAACCUAUGCAGUACAAAGUGGUUGUCCCCAAAAUUGGAAACAUAUCAGAUCUUUGUAUAGCAUUAUCCACUUUGUCAGGAGUACCAGCAGACAAGAUGAUAGUUACUGAUAUAUACAAUCAUAGAUUUCACAGAAUAUUUGCUAUGGAUGAAAACCUUAGUAGUAUUAUGGAACGGGAUGAUAUUUAUGUGUUUGAAAUUAAUAUCAAUAGGACAGAAGAUACAGAGCAUGUGAUUAUUCCUGUUUGCCUAAGAGAAAAGUUUAGACACUCAAGUUACACCCACCAUACUGGUUCUUCACUCUUUGGUCAGCCUUUUCUUAUGGCUGUACCACGAAAUAAUACUGAAGAUAAACUCUAUAAUCUCCUGCUUUUGAGAAUGUGCCGUUAUGUCAAAAUAUCUACUGAAACUGAAGAAACUGAAGGAUCCCUACACUGCUGUAAGGACCAAAAUAUCAAUGGGAAUGGCCCAAAUGGCAUACAUGAAGAAGGCUCACCAAGUGAAAUGGAAACAGAUGAGCCAGAUGAUGAAUCCAGCCAGGAUCAAGAGCUUCCCUCAGAGAAUGAAAACAGUCAGUCUGAAGAUUCAGUUGGAGGAGAUAAUGAUUCUGAAAAUGGAUUAUGUACUGAGGAAACUUGCAAAGGUCAACUCACAGGGCACAAAAAACGAUUGUUUACAUUCCAGUUCAACAACUUAGGCAAUACUGAUAUCAACUACAUCAAAGAUGAUACCAGACAUAUAAGAUUUGAUGAUAGGCAGCUAAGGCUAGAUGAAAGAUCUUUUCUUGCUUUGGAUUGGGAUCCUGAUUUGAAAAAAAGAUACUUUGAUGAAAAUGCCGCUGAGGAUUUUGAAAAACAUGAAAGUGUGGAAUAUAAACCUCCAAAAAAACCCUUUGUGAAAUUAAAAGAUUGCAUUGAACUUUUUACAACAAAAGAAAAGCUAGGUGCUGAAGAUCCCUGGUAUUGCCCAAAUUGUAAAGAACAUCAGCAAGCCACUAAAAAGUUAGAUUUAUGGUCCCUGCCUCCAGUACUUGUGGUACAUCUAAAGCGAUUUUCUUAUAGUCGUUACAUGAGAGACAAAUUGGAUACCUUGGUUGAUUUUCCUAUCAAUGACUUGGAUAUGUCAGAAUUCCUAAUUAAUCCAAAUGCAGGUCCUUGCCGCUAUAAUUUGAUUGCUGUUUCGAACCACUAUGGAGGGAUGGGAGGAGGACACUAUACUGCUUUUGCAAAAAAUAAAGAUGAUGGAAAAUGGUACUAUUUUGAUGAUAGUAGUGUCUCAACUGCAUCUGAAGACCAAAUUGUGUCCAAAGCAGCAUAUGUACUCUUCUACCAGAGACAAGAUACUUUCAGUGGAACUGGCUUUUUUCCUCUUGACCGAGAAACUAAAGGUGCUUCAGCUGCCACAGGCAUCCCAUUAGAAAGUGAUGAAGAUAGCAAUGAUAAUGACAAUGAUAUAGAAAACGAAAACUGUAUGCACACUAACUAA